AUGCACAUGACAAGUCGCAUGAAGGCCUGUGCUCGUUGCAGGCGACAGAAGUUGAGAUGUGACUUGUACCAGCGUCCCGGACAGCCAUGUUCACGUUGCAAACGCAUGCAUAUAGAAUGCAACAAUAUAGUGGAGGCCCCAGAGGCUACUGUAGAUGCUUCGCCAGCUCGAUCCGAUCGCACUGCAGUAGGAACUUCAAGCAGUGCCUUGACCCAUACCACUACAGGGCCAUCACUUGAAGUUGACCCAUCAUAUACUGUACAGUCAGACCGAUCUUCGUCACUUGCUGAAAUCUUGGGCCGAGAGGGCAUUGCGGUCAAACAGAUAGACGAUUGCUUUGCUCGGUUCUUCAACCACUACAGCAAGCUUCUGCCUGGAAUUUUCCGCGAAAACGAUGUGAACUACGAAUCGUGCUUCAAAGAGUCUUCCCUCCUGUUUUGGACGAUAACUGUCACAGGUGCCAGGCACUUGGAGCACGCCACGAAGCUGCACCAGAUAGCUGCUCAACACAUCAGAGGCGGAACAUUCCAGCCCCUUUUACACAUUACGAACCCUAUUCCCAUUAUCAAAAGCUCCCUGAUCCUGUGUCUCUGGCCUCUGCCAGUGGACACGAUGUGGAAAGAUCCUUCACAUGUGUAUGCAGCCACGGCCCAUUCUCUCGCCGUUCAGAAUGGGCUCUUCGUCGACGGCCGCGAGCAAGACUUUGCACGGACGCAUACUUCAUUGUCGAAAGAGAUGAGAGAUAUCAGGGCUCAUCUGUGGCUCAAUUGUUGCUUAGUUUUUCAGGCGACGAGCCUGUGUGAUGGCCUCCCACAUCUUUCAAUUUCCGAGUCCAAGCCCUCCCAGAGGAAAGUUAGGCUCGAGGAGGUUGUGGACGCCUCAUUCUAUUACCGCAUCAAGUGCCAUGACAUCUUAAUUGAUGCCACUAGAGCAUUUGGCGAUAUCAUAAGCGAGCAGGGCGAGGGCAGUAAGUCGUUGCUACCGCUCAUCAGGAUCUUCAGUGAACAAGUGGAAAUCGUCCCACUCCCUCUCCGUGACGACUUAUGCUACCUCACCCGCUGCUGCACCCGUCUCGCAAUAUCAGCAUACUACUUCUUCCUGCAGAGUCAUGACUUAAAGAAGCCAGGCCUGAUCACAGCCUUCUCGAUAGCCACAGAAGUUCUUGAUGUCGUGUCUCGCCUAGAUGCCAUGCAGGACUUUGCGUUACAUGCUUCAAACUACUAUACCCGCAUGGCCUUGCUAGCGGCGUUUUGCAUCCUACGAAUAGUCCGGAGCCAGCUGAAAGAGCACAUUGACCUGCGUGAUGCUCAACAGUCAUUGUUCAAGGCGAUUUCAUUCGUCAAGAGGCGUUCCAUGCAACACGGCGACCUGGAUGAGAGGUAUGGGACCAUUCUCUCGCAGUUGUGGUCAAAUAGCGAUGCGACGGAUACUACUACAGCUAAUGGGUUGGAUCUCAGGAUCCGUAGUCGUUUGUUUAUGAGCGUGGUAUUCGACUCUCUUUGGUGGUGGCGAGUCGAAUACAACGGGCAAGGCAGCCCAUACGACACGAGCAAGACUGCACCAGAAUCUGCUCAGAUGGAUGACACAGAUGCCAGCACGUUCUGGAACUCGACAGUUGCGCCUGUAGGAGACAGCUUCGGAUUAUCCAACCUCCCCGAGGUUUACAUGGACUGGAACUUCCCUCUGAAUAUUGAUUAUAUUGGGUAG